AUGAGUGAUUCUCCUGAUCAACCUGAGCCCCCAAAGGACCAAUAUGAGUUGAAACUUGUUGAAAUUGUGUUACAGCCAAAGGAGUUGGAAAAAUUAGAGGAAGCAAAGUUAAAGGCGAAGUUCCCUAAUGCCAUGCUUGGAAGAGGACCGGGAGGCCACUCUGCAUUCCUACAGAAGAGGCUAGCUAAGGGGCAAAAGUACUUCGAUUCUGGAGAUUACCAAAUGGCUAAACAGCGGCCAGGCAACUUGGCUCAACCAUUCAAGGCUCCUGCUGCUCCUGCUAAGCUACCAACUGGUGAUGCCAUCCCCACUCCUGAAACCGUCCCGCUGCGCAAGACAUCCAUCAUCCAGCCCAAGUUCCAGGCGCCCAGCCAGACUUCCUAG